AUGGAGAUUUUGCUCAAAGACACCAAAGGUGUGUCGCCGGAGACCAUUAUCUCCAUCAGAGCAGGAGCCACCCGCCGCCAGGUUCCUGUGUCACUGGUGGGAGACAAGCCCUUCAGGUUUCCUUGCGCUCUCCGCGACUGUGGCGCCAUCAAGGUGGACCUGUUGACCGUGGCAGCGUCGGCCCGGGCCGUGCUGACCGGGAGUGGCGAGGAACAGACGGUGAAUCUGGCCAUCGGGAGCCAGACUGUCCCGAAGCAGGCAGACCAGCCAGCUGAAGAUGCUGAGGUGACGUUGCUGUUGCGCCAUGCGACAGGCCAGCUCUCCUUGUCGAAGGAGGAAGAAACAGCCAAGACGACGGCCAUCAGGAAUUCUGCCGAGGAGUACCUGACGCAACAUGGGGUGCAUACUUUCCUCCAGGGCCUCUUGAGUGGCGUCAUCAAAGACAGGCGUGAAAGACGGGCUAAGGUGGCACAACUGUUCAAAGCCAAGGCUGAACAGAAGGCACCGAUGGAGCAGCUGCGAACCCAAGCGCGCGAUGCUUUGUUGCAGGGCGCGCGAUCUGGGAGGCUCUUGGAGGUCCUGCGCGAUGGAAACACCCCAAAGAACAAGAGCCAGGAGCGGACUGUCUGCCCCCCGAGGAGGUGGAACGCUUGCGCCAGGAGGAAGUACUCCAGAAGAGCAAGACAGGAGAACUGGAGGGAGCUCCCAAAGAAUCGAAGGAGAUGGAUGUAUUGA